CAGGCUGCCCGGCGCGGAAGAGCAUGACGGCGCCGCUGGCGGGGCUGCUUCGGCUGCAGCGCGGCAGGAGCAGUGCUUCAGGUAAACAGCUUCUGGGAUUGUCCUCCCUGAACAAUGACAUCCUAUCGCAGUCCUGCCGGAACUAUCGAGCAGUGCUGUGCACUGAGCUGACAAAGCCAUUGAUUAUUAGGAACCUCCCAUCCCCUUCUCUGCAGCCCCAUGAGGUCAGGGUUGGCGUCCAUUACUGUGGAGUAAAUUUUGCAGAUAUCUUGGCCUGUAAGGGUCUGUACCAGGAGAAGCAUUGUCUUCCAUUCACUCCUGGAAUGGAGUUUUCAGGGAUGGUGAUGGAGACUGGAGCGAAGGUCAGCACAGUGCAGGCGGGAGACAGGGUAAUUGGUGUGACUGGCACAAGUGCAAUGGCUGAGGAGUGUGUAACUGAUCAGAAGAUGCUGUGGCCAAUCCCAGAAGGUGUUUCCUAUGAAGAAGCUGCGGCAUUGCCUGUGUCUUAUAGCACAGCCAUUUUGGCCCUGGAACAUAGAGCACGCACGCAGCCAGGGGAAAUGGUUUUAGUGACAGCAGCCGCUGGGGCCACAGGGCUUGCUGCUAUCGAUGUAGCCGCUAAUGUUCUCAAGGCAAAGGUGAUAGCAGCAGCUGGAAGUGAUCACAAAUGCAACCUGGCCCUGCAGAAGGGUGCAGCCCACAGCGUGAAUUACACCCAAGGGAGCCUAAAGGAGGAGGUGAAGAAGCUUACAGAUAACAGAGGGGUCAAUGUAGUUCUUGACGCUGUUGGAGGGGACAUCUUCAAGGAAGCGUUACAUAGUUUGGCUUGGGAGGGCAGGAUUGUGGUGGUGGGUUUUGCUGGAGGAGCAAUCCCCUCUGUCCCAGCCAACCUGCUGCUUCUGAAGAAUGUGUCUGCCUUGGGAGUGUUCUGGGGUCGAUACCGGGAAGAGGACUUUCCUGUUUUUUCGUCAUCCCUCUCCUCUGCUCUUUGGUACUGCCAGGAAAGACAGAUCCAACCUCAUGUGGGAGCGGUCUUCAACCUGGAAGAGGUGAAUGAAGCCUUUAGCCGUGUAACCCAGCGCAAGUCAACAGGAAAGGUCAUCAUCUCAAUUAAAUAAAUCAGCCUGUUUCCUCAGGACAGCCCCUGCUGCUGUUGGACUAAUCAGCAGAAUCACCCUUCUGGCUUAUGGAUUCAGACAGCCAAGUUGCAUUUACCCUAUGAUUUCUUGCAUGAUUUGUCUACCACCACCAUUAAUGUAGAGGGCUCUGGGCUCCUGCUUAGGGUUAGAUGACAUGAUGAUAUAAAUACUUGUGCCCAUUGCUAGCAUUGGUUGAGUUGCACUGGCGCUAGACAAACAGUGCCAGCAGUCCUAGGGGAGACAAGCUUUCACUGUGACGGAAAGAGGGAGAAUAGAUGCAGAGCAGUGCAAUUAAUACAAAUGUAAACCAGACUCUCUUUAAAGGAAUCACCACUGGGAAAUCUCCUUAAGUCUCCCACUGUGAGCAGCGUGUGCUCUGUAUAAUAUACCUAUAACAUCCUUGUGUCCCUAGAGCAGGGCUUCUCAGACGCUUUUUCCAUAGUGUGGUUCACCUUUUAACAGAGUGUUUAUGAUGGGGAUGCCUCCCCCUUCUGCUGGCAGUUGUGCAGACCCCUCUUCUCACAUUUAUGGUUGCACAGACUGCUUCCUUUCCAUUGGUGAUGACCUAGUAUCUUAGGGUAUGUCUACACUGCAGUCAGACACCUGCGGCUGGCCCAUGCCAGCUGACUCCGGCUCACAGGGCUGUUCAGUUGUGGUGUAGACUUUCCAGCAUGGGCUGUGGAGUCCUCCCACAUUGCAGGGUCCGUGAGCCUGGGCUCCAGCCUGAGCCUGAGGGCUUGUCUAUACUUACGCGCUGGUUCGGCGGCUGGCAAUCAAACUUCGGGGUUCGAUUUAUCGCGUCUUGUCUGGACGCGAUAAAUCGAACCCAGAAGUGCUCCCCGUCGACUCCGGUAAUCCUGCUCGCCGCGAGGAGUACGCGGAGUCGACGGGGGAGCCUGCCUGCCGCGUCUGGACCGCGGUAAGUUCAAACUAAAGUACGUCGACUUCAGCUACGUUAUUCACGUAGCUGAAGUUGCGUACCUUAGUUCGAUUUGGGGGGUUAGUGUAGACCAGGCCUGAAUGUCUACACUGCAAUUAAGCAGCCCCUUAGCCCGAGUCAGCUGGCACAGGCCAGCCAUGAGUUUGCAUGAAUUGCAGUCAGACCCUUGGUGUCAACCACAGUCAUGACUUUCCUGAUGUUACCUUUCCCCAUAAGCAAAGUGUUUUUAGCUUCUUGUAAUGCAAUUUAAGAGCUGGAAAUGAGGAGGGGAAUUAGUGCCGUGAAGCCAGUCAGUGCUCCACCCACCACAGUUUGAGAGGAGCUGCCCUUGGUUGUGAUAGAGCAGCACUUCUAUAUGUAGCCAUUACAAAACAGUCAGCUAGAACCAGGCAGCUUGGGGUGAGGGGUAGAGUUGAAAUGAAGAGACAUGAAAAAACAUGAGGUGGGGGCACAGUUUUUGCAACGGUGUCACCAGCGUUUGGUCUAUAUCGCCUGUUGCCCUGCCUUAACCAGUGGCUGGCAUUGCAUGAGAAGAACCAAACAACCCCCCAAUAAUUGGUGUACCCAGCCACUUGCAUGUGGCACAAAAGACUUCAUCCCUGACUCCUGUGUCAGCUCAGCUUGGUCCCAAGAGGUGUAAUUAUACGGCUGGUGACCUUGGUGAGUGUCGCUGCGAACAGGAGAGACUUCAGUCUGAGACACUGUUAACAAGCACCAUUGGCUCUCUCGAGCCUGCCUGAAAAGAGCUGGAUCCAUGACGUCCUGCAGAACGCGCUCUGGUAGAACUAUUUGAUGUGACAAUACCUAAAUUCCUCCACGCUGCUCUGACUUGCAGUCCAAAUCUGUAUGCCUCAGAACUUCCGUUAGAAUAGAACGCUUUCUAAAUGUACAAUAAGCCUUUUGGUUUUCUUAAUAUGGCUUUGCUGCGGCUGUGGAGACCAGGCUGUCUUGCUCUUGUCUUUGCUGCUGUGGAGCGAUGACCAGCUACCCUGGCUUCUGUCCAGUAAUUUGGAGGAGCCUGUAAAAGUCUUUCACUCCUUAAAAACAUGACUGAUUCCUCAGAUUGCCACCAGCUUCCUGCUGCAGGAGGCUGGUGUCUUGGUUGCUUGUUAGUGUCCUACAUAGUUGUGAACAGUUAGAAAAGUUCUGCAAAUGACAGCUUGUUCAAAUAAGCUUCAGACUAGGUGGUCCUGAUGGUCCCUUCUAACCUUACAGUCUGUGAAUUUAAGCUGUGGGACUGGGGGCCACAAACAUAAGAAUGGCCAUACCAAAGGUCCAUUUAGCCCAGUAUCCUGUCUUCUGAUAGUGGCCAAUGCCAGGUGCUUGAGUGAAUGAACAGAACAAGUAAACAUCAAGUGAUCUAUCCCCUGUCGCCCAUUCCUAGCUUCUGGCAAACAGACUAGAGACACCAUCCCUGUCCAUCCUGGCUAAUAGCCAUUGAUGGACCUAUCCUCCAUGAAUUUAUCUAGUUCUUUUUUGAACCCUGAUAUAUUCUUGGCCUUCACAACAUCCUCUGGCAAGGAGUUCCACAGGUUGACUGUGUGUUGUGGGAAGAAAUACUUCCUUUUGUUUGUUUUAAACCUGCUGCCUUUGGCGUGCUUUGUGUGCAUUCUGCUUACAGCACUUUACAAACAUUCAUUGUUACACCAUCAGUGCGUGGUAGCUAAAUGAUCCACUUUAGAGAUGCAGAAACCACAGCCUCAAUGCAGCCAAGCAAGGAAGCCCAUGCUUAAUUCCAUGUAUCCUCUUGAAGUUAAUGGGACCACUUCAGUUAUGCAUCUGCUUAGGUGCUUUCCUGAAUCGGGGCCUGGGUCCGUGUCAGAGCCAGCAUUAGAACAGAGGAGUUCUGUGGAUUUGCUCCCGUGCUUGAUGGCGCUGCAUCUUGGGCUGUUGGGUUGUCCUCCUACACAUCACAAUGGCUGCUCUGUGGAGGAAGGAGCUAGCUCAGCAGCAGCCAGCUGCUGGGAAGAGAGUUGGCGGCGAUGGCAGCAGCCAGGGCAGCACGGCCUCCUCUCCCCUCUCCCCAGGUCAUUAAUUGGUUCUGGGUCCUUCCAGAAACGGAGGGAGCGGGGCCUAAGGGUUUCAGCAACCCCAAAGGCCAGGCACGGGGGGCUGAGUGUGUGUGUGUGUGUGUGUGUCGGGGGAGUGGGGGUUGGAGUGAACAUCCAUAAUUAUUAGGAUAAAUCAGUGCCCGACUUGAAGCUAGGCAAAUUCAGAUUGGGAAUGGCACAUAUGUUUUUAGCAGCAACAGGCACUGACUGUCAUUGGAACAAUUUUCCAAGGUUGCCGGUGAUUCCCCAUCACUGGCAGUUUUUAAAUCAAGAUGGGGUAUUUUUCUGAGAGAGAUGCUGUUGUUCAAACAGGAAGUAUUUCAGGAAAGCUCUAUGGCCUGUGUUAUACAGGAAGCCAGACUAGAUGAUCCCAGUGGUCCCAUCUGACCUUGGAAUCUGUGGCUAUUUUCAGAGACCUUUGCAAAGAAAAGGGACACACUAUUUUUAAAUGAAAGAUGAGAUUAGCUAUGAUGUUUUUAAUCCCCUCCCCACCCAUGGGAGGUUGGGAGAGGGGAGGGGAGGGGAAGAGUGGGGGGAAGAAGGGGCUAAAGGCUGGCUCUGUUUUGUCUCCCUCCUGCAGUUCUUGAAAGGGGCCUUACUGGAUAGGUGGAAGUGAAUUAUUUUGUAUUAAUUCUGAUAAUGUCCAAAGCUGAUCAAAAGCUUCUUUUAAAAAAAAGUGAUCAUUUUUGCAAGUCCCUUGAUCCUUGGAAAGAAUUAGCGAGGUGUCCCACAUGGGAGAAGUGAAACUGGGGAUUAGGAGACUGUAUGGAAUUCAUUGAGACAGAAGCACCAAGUGCCAGUGUGAGAAAACAAAGUCCAGUGAUCUUGGUGCAGAAGGCUGGGUGGAAAAGUUGGUAACUCAACUAGUUUUUCAUCUCUGGAGCCCUGGGUUCAGAUCCCACUUAGAUGAAAUGAACUUGUUUGUCCCCUGCAUCGUUGGGAAUCCUGACUCAAGAGGAGCCCAAGGUUAGCAAUACAGGGCUGCACUGCAGUUCAGAGCUGUGUUGCAUCUAUAGAAGUCAGGGCCGGCUCUAGGCACCAGCGCUCCAAGCAUGUGCUUGGGGCGGCACUCCGGCUCCUUUUUUUUUUUUUUUGCGCUUGGGGUGCAAAAAGCCGGGAGCCAGUCCUGAGUGGAGGUGAGCUGCAGCGGUGGGGGGCGCGGGGAGGGCCGCAGGAAGUAACUCUGGGGGGGAGGCAGAGGAACCGUCCCCCAUUGCCGCAACUCACCUCUGCUCUGCCUGCUCCCCUGAGCAUGCCGCUCCGCUUCUCCCCGCUCCCAGGCUUACCGUGGGAAUCAGCUGUUUUGCAUCAAGCCUGGGAGGGAGGGGGGAGAAGCGGAGCGGCAGCAGCGCGCUCAGGGGAGCAGGCGGAGUGGAGAUGAGCUGUGCAGUGGGGGGCAGUUCCUCUGGUGCCCCCCCCCCGGGUUACAAGCCUGAAAGGGAGGGAUAGGAGGGGAAAUGUGGCGGCCCAGGGGAGGAGGCGGGGCCGAGGAUUUGGGGAAGAGGUUGGAAUGGGGUGGGGAAGGGGUGGAAUUGGGGCAGGGCCGGGGGGGCGCGGGAAAAUCUUUUUGCUUGGGGCGGCAAAAAACUUGGAGCCAGCCCUGAUAGAAGUGUAUGGAGAGUCAGCACUGGAAUCACAGGGUCCUGCAGAUCAAGACUGAGUUGUAUAGGAAGGUAAUACACUGUCUGUGUCUAGCCAGUGCUGUUAGCCUUUUGCUUCCAUUAGCCCCACAUUCAAAUAAAUCUAGUUCUGUGAUUAAAUCUUUAUGGAGCAUAACAGUUCUCCCUCUCUUUCCUAUUUCUUCCAAUAGCUGACCAAACACAAUGGGUAUCCGGACUCUUAAUUAACUCUUUAUAAUGACUGUAAAUUUCAUUCUGUACAUGUAUUUGUCAUAUGCCUUGAAUCAAAGAAUUGUAAGGAGAGAAUUGAAAAGAAUUUUUUUUCCCAUGUGUGAAUUUGCCAAGAACUGAAUUAGAUUAUUUUUUAGUUAGUCCUAAUUGUAAAGAUAUUAGAAAAAUGUAUAUUAAAGAAAAAUAAAAGGUUACUUUUUUACAGUGGAAUUAAAGUGGUUCUGCAUUGAGUUAUU